AUGCCCGAAUAUUUCAAAGUCAGGAAACUUGGAGAGGGAACGUACGCCACGAUCUACCUGGCAAAGGAGUGUCGGAAGAAGACAGAUCCAUUUGUAUCAAAUGGAUUCACGAGGACAGACCCAGGUGGAGACUACACGAAAAUGGUGGCCAUAAAGAGGAUAAAGAGGACGCCACAUGGCUGUGGAAUCGAGGUCAACGCGAUACGAGAGAUCAAGAUCCUGAAAUGCUUCAAGAACGACUAUUUGCUCAGGAUGCAUGGGGCAUUUGAGUACCAGGGUGAAAUCCACCUUGUUUUGGAGUACGUUGAUUACAACAUGGAAGAGGUGAUCAGGUGCAAGAACAUAGUGAUAAUGCCAUCAGACAUCAAGAGCUGGAUGUACAUGCUCCUGUGUGGGCUGAAGGAGAUGCACGAUGAGUUUGUGAUGCACAGGGACAUAAAGCCAAACAACCUGUUGAUCACCAAAAGAGGUGACUUGAAAAUAGCUGAUUUUGGGCUGAGUAGAAAGAUCACUGAGAAGAUGACGCCAAAUGCAGUCACCAGGUGGUACAGGGCACCGGAGAUGCUGCUGGGGCAGACGCAGUACACGAUGGCAGGAGACAUGUGGUCUGUUGGAUGCAUCAUGGCCGAGAUGCUCUUGAGAGUGCCCCUAUUUGCGGCUGAGACUGAUAUUCAGCAGUUGGAUACGAUUUGUAGGGUACUUGGUACACCAGUGGACUAUUCGUACUUCACCAAACAGACUGAAAUGAUCAAAAUCAAGUAUUAUCCACAAACGAGUCUACGAGGAAUAUUCACGGCCGUAUCUGAUGAUGCCCUGGAUCUGCUCAGAGAUCUGCUCCAAUUUGAUCCAGGAAGGAGAAUCAGCGUAGACGAUGCACUGAAUCACCGCUACUUCAGAACCAGGCCACGUGCUACUUCACCUGAGUUUCUACCUCUACCAGUUUCAGAGUAG